CAAACCGGAAAACCGAAAGUAAACAAACCGGUAGAGAAAUAAGUAAGCUUCUCUGUGGCGAAGUUAUUGUGAAGAACAAGCUAACUGUCUUUCUUAUUUAACACAAUACUAUCUAAUUUGACUUUGUGUCACACUUUUUUUUAUCCAACUGUCGCCGUGGUCGACGACAGACUUCGUUUAUGGGUGUUGUCAGCUAGCUACUAGCUAACAUUAAAGGCUAACCUCGCAGCGUUCACUGUUUAGGGUUUAAUUAGCGACAAAUGCCUCUAGAGGGAGAGCAGCCUAUUCCCCUGCUUCGCUCCCGGAACUCCCUAAUAGAAGUCAAUGUUGUGUUUUGUAACCGCACGAACCGUGUGGUGCGUCCAUUAUGGAUAAACUACCGUGGGGAACCGCACCCGUACGAUGAUAUACGGCCAGGAUCGGGACGGCGAAUGACCACAUACGUAGAUCAUCCUUGGAUGUUCAGAGAUGUAGAGAGUGAUGAGCUUCUAAAAGUGAACACCAAAGACCUGUUCCUUCCUUUACCAGCAGAGGGCGGACAUGCUACUUUUGCUCAUGUCACUCUACCAUUAUACAGCCUCAAGGACUGUUCCCUUCAGGUCAUUCGGCGUCUUGUGCGGCCAGAAGACUACAGAAGGUUGGAGAUUGCGCGAUGUCUCCAUGAAGAGCUGGAAGAUCAUCCCAGUAUACAGAAAGAUCUUCGUCGCAUGAACCAGCGAUUAGAGCAGCAUCUGCUGGAGAGGAUCCAAGGCCAGGAGGAAUGAGACAUGAAACGAGAUGGACAGUUAUAAGAGAUCAGGAGAUCUAUUUUGCACAUCAGUAAGGCAAGAAUAAAAAGAAAAAAUGUAAGGAUAGUUCUCAGAUGAGACAUCAGCUGUUGCCUUGACGAUUUUAGAGAUCUUAUAAUUGUUUCUAAUCUGACUUGGUUAGAUCUGCUGCUUGCCACUUUCAUUUACUGCUUUAAGCAAAUAUCACUCAUCAUGACUCAUAAAUCUGUAGCUUCUCCUUCAAAGGUCUGGUAGAUGUAAGAGUUUGUGACAGGUAACGAUGAGAAUGCAGUUUGGACCAAACUGAGAGCUCCCCUGCUCACCCCCUUCCUUUCCCAGGGGUCGCCUCCACACACCAGACAGUAUGUUGUUAUUUCUUGUUUUCUUAGUAAGCUUCUGUUUUAAAAUGCAAAUUCACACUCUGCUGUAGAAACAUGUUGGCACAAUAUGCUGGCCUUUGUUCAGGGUUCCCACCAUGGAUCCUUGAAAUCCUUGAAAGUUUGUGAAUUUGAAAAAACAAAACAUUUCAAGGCCCUUGAAAGAAAAUCACCUAAAAUAGAUAAAAAUGCUUGAAUUUUGUGCAAUAAAGAAAUUGAGUUGCUAUUUAGUUAAAUGUCUCCCACUGCCGAUGUGCCGUUGUUUAUUACGACAUCACCUACUGUUUCAUGCGCCCUGCAUUUCUAGAUGUACGUAGACUAGGCCUACGCAGAACAUACGUAGAGUCAUAAUUACUAGUCAUGUUGUGGACACUGUCCACUCUCUCCACCAUUGACAUGAGAUUGCAGAAUAGAGAGUGAGUAACGUUAAGCAAGAGAGAGUAAACAAUGCGAUGCCUGGGAAAUGCAAAUUCCAAGAUCUCUGUCUCACCAAAGAAAAUUAUUACAAAGACUUACUUCCCCAAAUUCCCAAGGACAAUCACAUGUCCAGAUGCAGAGUGUGCUGCAAAUCAUUAAAAGUUGACGCCAUGGACAAAGCUGCUUUUAUAAGUUGCCCUCCCAACUUAGGCUGUGUCAGUGCAUUCGGUCCUUGAAUUUACAACAAUAUUUGUGUCUUGGAAUCAGUAGAUAUUUUUAAAGAAAAAAUGUAUAUUAAACGGGAAUUCCAGAAAAGCAUAUGCGGUUAAAUACCUCUACUCAACAAAUCCAAACUGGGUUUGACUGACAGUCCCACCGUCAUGACACAUUUUUGUGUUUUUUGCAUUUUAAUAUGCAGAAGUCUUAUUGUCUUCCUCUCAAAAAACACCUUAUUUUGUUUUCCAUGCUAUAUUGCAGCUCAUUUCCUUUUGAGGGGAGAAAGUAAAUACAUUGCCAGGCUGUGAAACACUGUGAUCAAGGAGCUCAUGUUUUUGUUUUGCCUGUUUAGAAUUACUUGUAUUCUUCUGCAGAGCUUUCAGAAAUCACAAUUGAGCACCUUGCUACUGUGUCACAAAUAUACGUUUUUAAUGGUGUAUAAAUGAAAAUAUACAUCUUAAUGGUGGGAACAUGUUAAAGAGUAUUUUUGUGAAUAUGAACUAUAUGCAACAGUGAGCAAAAUUAUCUAUCUGCUGGUCUGAAAACCUAUAAUCAUUUGUAUGUUUUUGUGGAAAUUUAUUUCUAUUUUACUAUUAUAGUGACUAUGUAAUUUUGUAUCUCACUGUAUGGUCAACAAUAUUUGAAAGUGAUCACUGAUUAAUUUUAGUAACAUCCAAUAAAGCAGCACAUUUUUAAAAA